AUGGAUGAUGAGUUGCUGGCUGUUGGCAGCUGCUUGGAAGGGAUGCAGGAGGUGGUGCAGCGCGUGACAGCGGCACACGGCGCGAUCCUUGACCUCAACGAGGAGAUUGUCGUGACCACAUCCACCCUCAGAAAGUUUGCACAAGGCUUGGAUCUGGGCGCGGUGCCACCGUCGUCAAAGUCGUCGUGA